AUGGAUGAUGAGUUUCUUGCAGAGAUGGGUUAUAAGCAAGAGUUGAAGCGUGAUUAUUCCACGCUGGAGGUGUUUGGUAUCAGUUUCUCUAUUAUGGGGCUUCUUCCAAGUAUUGCCAGUACCUUAGCUAUCGGUCUCACAGGAGGGCCUGUGUCCCUCAUCUGGGGUUGGUUCAUUACGGGCUUCUUCCUUGUUGCUAUAGGCAUAGGUAUGAGUGAGCUUGCGAGUUCUUACCCAACUUCCGGUGGUUUGUACUUCUGGAGUUACCACUACGCUCCAAAGAACAUGAAAAUCCCUCUGUCUUUCUUCAUUGGUAUCACCAACUCUUUGGCUCUGGUGGGUGCGUUGUGCUCUAUCACGUAUGGUCUUGCUGGUCAGAUCCUCUCAUGUGCGAGCUUGGCUUACCCUGAUCUGGAAGUAACUGAUCCAAUGACCUAUGGUGUUUUUGCCGGCUGUAUCAUUCUACAGACUAUUUUGACAUGUGCCUCAUCUGCUGCCGUUGCAAGACUACAAAGUGUUAGUAUAUACGUCAAUUGCUUCCUCAUUGUUCUCUUCUUCAUCGCACUGCCAAUUGGAACAAAGAGAAACGUUGGUGGCUUCAAUGAUGGCUCAUACAUAUUUGGAGACUUUGAGAAUUUUAGCGAUUGGCCUGAUGGAUGGGCUUUCAUGCAAUUUGGAUUGAUGCCUGCUGUUUGGACAAUCGGUGCCUUUGACUCUUGUGUUCACAUGUCCGAGGAGGCAAAGAAUCCAUCAAAAGCGGUCCCUGUUGGUAUUAUCGGUUCUAUCACGGUCUGUUGGAUCUUAGGAUUCCUCAUUAACAUUGUUAUCUGUGCCUGCAUGGUUCCAGACGUCGACCGUCUAUUGAACUCAAGUACUGGCCAACCUUUGGCCCAGAUUUUCCUUGAUUCCCUGGGUAAAAAAUGGGCCAUUGCUUUCAUGGCUUUGAUCUCUGUUGGUCAAUUCCUUAUGGGCUCAAGUGUUCUCGUGGCCAUUUCUAGACAGGUGUGGGCCUUUGCCAGAGAUGAAGGGUUACCAUUUUCCAGAAUCAUCAAGGUUGUCAACAAGAUGUAUACACCAUUCAAUGCUAUUUGCUUCAGCUCCAUCGUUUCUAUCAUCAUUGGAUGUCUUUGUCUCAUUGGAUCUACAGCAGCUAAUGCGCUGUUCUCCUUAUCAAUUCUUGGUAACUACGUUGCAUGGGUGACACCACAGAUUUUGAGAUUUGUCGUCAAGGAUGCAAACUUCAUACCAGGAAAAUUCUACCUUGGUGAUUUCUGGAGUCCUGUUAUCAAUUGGAUCUCCAUCGCAUUCCAGGUGUUUAUCAUCAUCAUGUGCAGUUUCCCAGAUUAUAAGCAUGUUGAUAAGGAGACAAUGAACUAUAGUGCUGUUCUCAAUGGUGGUGUAUGGAUCUUGGCUUUGAUAUAUUUCUACGUAUACAAGAGAAAGAAAUAUUUCGGUCCAAAAUCGAACCUGGACGAGGACCAAGAGGAGGUACUCGAGUUUAUAGAGGGUCUGGAGGGAACUGAGGCCAGUUCAUCGGAUGUUCAUGCAUUAAAGUCUUGA